UAUCAUAUACAAAAUUUCAUGUUUAAUAUCAUCUUUUUGUCAAAUAUAUUCGUAUUUCUGUUAUAUUUAAUAUUAUUAACUAUUAUAAUUAAAUAUUUUUCACUUUAAUUGUUUGGCUGCCAACCAUUUGAAAUUUACGGAUGUUUUGCUUCAAUAAAAUUGGACUACAAGGAUCAAAUUGAACAUUUGGAACAAUUGAUUUGAUUUAUUGGUGCAACUGGACAACAAGAGUUUUGAACAACAAGGAUCUAGGAUCUCACAAAAUGACUGGAAUUGAUGAAAUGAGUGAUGCAGAUUACAUGGCUUUGAAAGAUGAGGUAUUUGAAUGCACACACAAAGAGCCAGUUACGCAUUUGUUUAAUACUGUUGUAGGCAAAAGCCGUGGAGGGCUGCGAAUUCAUCAAGAAAAAAGCGAGAAACGGACUUCAUCAUUUAAACACAAGCUUUUCGCAUAUCAAUUCACGCUUUUCAACGUUGAGAAGCAAAAAGAGAUUUCGUGUCGAGCAGUAGACACUUCAUACCAAAAAGCAAAGCAAAAAGCUGCAAUUAAAUUACUGAAUCAAUUAGAAGACACAACGCAAAUGCCAAAAAAUCUCAUUGGGUUUCCAAAUUAUAGAGGACAUGAUUUUUUCAUUCCCGUUUUUCUGCCAUUAUUCUGGAAUAAAUUUUUUGUUGAAAGUUUGGUAAGAGCGACAGAGAUUGCAUCAACAAAUAAGUCUAAGUUCAAACUUUUUUAUGGAAUUAAAGGCUUAUUUGAGGAAUAUCGAAAAGCUAGUUUCGAUCAAAAUUUUUCAAUGGUUAACAAUCCUGGUCCUAGCACACAACCUGGAAGAAAACCUGAUCUCAAAAUAGAUCAAUUUAUUAUCAAAAUUCUAUUACUACUUAGAAUUGAACAAAAAGAUUACGCUACACCAGGAGGAGAUGACACAACUUUGUAUAAAGAUAUUAUGAGAAAGCUGUAUGAGGAAUUUAAAACUUCAAAUCCAUUCGAGGAUGUCCUCAAUUUCAACUUCAAAAUUGAGUUUGAAUGUUCAACGUGCAAUCAAAUAGAUAAAUAUAUUAUCAAUCAACCAUACCUGAUCUUGAGAAGAAGCUACUUUGGCGUUUUUAACUCUUUGAAUGACGCCAUGGAUACUGAAAAAUCGUUUUUGACACUCAGAAAUGUGAAUUGUAACAGCUGUCAAGGAAGUGAUUUCACAGUGAAGAAGAAAAUGAUAUCUCUGCCAUCGAUCCUAGUUUUCAUGAUUGAAGAAAAGGUAGAAGACGAUCUUUCUAAUGAAAUAAAAAUAGGGCUGCCAGACAAUUUGAAUGUUUUUGGUACUGCAUACGAAAAAUAUGCUUAUUCAGUCAACUUAAAUACAUGUAAAGUUGGACAAUCUGACAUCGAAAAACCAUUGCGACACCAUAGUGGCCAAUCGGGAGAUAAAAUAUCUGGUGCAAAUGUUAUUCUCCACAUAAAACAUGGGGAAAGUUGGAAAGAAGUAAACAAUGAUCAAGUUUUACAACCAUUAAGAGAUUACCCUUACGGGAGUGAAAAAAUGUUAAUUUUCUAUCGUAACAUUCAGUAAAAUAAUUCAUUCAUACAUA